CGCACCAUAUUGAGGAAGUAAAGAAACACUGGAUUGUCUCGUGAUUAUUGUACAGUGUUGUGAUUUUGGGUGGACGAUGUGGUUGGCAGUGUCGCUCGUAGUCGCUUUGACCCUUUCAGGUUCGUCAGCAGUGUGUCCGUGUAAACAAGAGGAGCUCUGUCAGCCUGUCCAGCAACAGCAUGAGUUUGAAGUAUUCGUAUUUGAUGUUGGGGGUAAGGCAUGGAAAUUUUAUGACUGGUCCCAUGUGACGACAAUAGCUGCUUUUGGAAAGUAUGAUGCUGAGCUAAUGUGUUACGCUCAUUCGAAAGGGGCAAGACUUGUUUUGAAAGGUGAUGUGCCCCUCUCAGAUAUUGUGGAUGAUUCCAAAAGGACAGCUUGGAUUACAGAAAAAGUCAAUUUGGCUAAAAGCCAGUUCAUGGAUGGAAUCAACCUUGACAUUGAGCAGGCUGUAGAGGAGUCUUCACCUGAAUACUAUGCUUUGACAGCCCUUGUCAAGGAGGCCACAGAAACGUUCCAUAGAGAAAUUCCGGGCUCUCAGGUCUCAUUUGAUGUGGCUUGGUCACCUAAGUGCAUCGAUAAGCGUUGCUAUGACUACAAAGCAAUCGCAGAUUCGUGCGACCUGCUUUUUGUCAUGUCUUAUGAUGAACAGAGUCAGAUCUGGGGGGACUGCAUUGCAACGGCAAACGCACCUUUAAAUCAAACACUGACGGCAUAUGAUCAAUACCUGGGGAUGAAAAUAGAUUCCAAAAAACUAGUCAUGGGAGUUCCAUGGUAUGGUUAUGACUACCUGUGCCUGAAUUUGUCUCAGGAGGGCAUCUGUACAAUUCCUAAAGUGCCUUUUAGAGGAGCGCCUUGCAGUGAUGCCUCUGGAAAGCAAAUCCCUUACAGCACUAUAAUGAAACAAAUCAAUAGCUCCAUGUCUGGGAGGCUUUGGGAUGAAAUCCAACAAGCUCCCUAUUACAAUUACAAGGAUGGCAAAGGAGACAUCCAUCAGGUGUGGUACGAUGAUCCGGAGAGCAUUUCGUUGAAGGCUGCCUACGUAGGACAGCGGAGUUUGAGAGGGAUCGGCAUGUGGAACGGAAAUCUCCUCGACUACAGCGAUGACCCUGUCGCCCAGCAGCAAAGUGCUGAAAUGUGGAAUGCACUCAUCUGGAAAAAAAUGUACAUCCCUGACAAUGUCCUAUGAACUUACAACUCUUUCUCAUUUUGCCUAGGUCUAAUAAAAGAGAUCUCUCAAGACUAUCAAAAUCAGUUUCAUUAAAAUGAAAAUAAGACAUUCCUACCAUCUAAAUGACUUCACUCACUUUUUGCAUUAAUUUUUUUUAAUGUAUUCAAAGAUUGACAAUGUGAUCUUUUGAAUAAAAAAUAAAGACAUGUAUUCAAUUUUA